CCAAAGGAGCAAAAGUGUGGCACAAAAUGAGUUCCUGGCACCUCCAAAGGAAACUCAAGCGCCCAAGUACACAUAUUUAACAAGAAUUUCAUGGGAGUUUAGGGCAUUUCCAGGGGUAGUUUAAUGACCCUGGGAGUAGUCUGACCCUUCUUCUAUGCUAUGAUUGUGGAAAAGCACUCAUGGAGACCCGAUUGAUCUCCUUUUUGACCUUUGAAAAUAGUUGAUGUGAGAAAUGGAAGCGUCUGAGAAUACCGUGUGGGGAGGGAGGGGUGUCGGGACUCAGGAAGACAGUGAUUCACAAGUUCAGUAGCAUGUGCUCUUUCAUGCGGGAUGGUGUGUGUAGUAGUGCAGCGUGUCAUCUCUUAGUUAUACGCUGCGAACGGCUUUGAGGAUGUACAGCUUUAUCUGACCCUUUGUAUCGUUGGCUAAGCGGGAUAAGUCGCCAUGCUGCGUAGAGGUCAUGGGUAGAACAAUACAUCGUGAGUUUUGAGCCGCCAAGGGGUUAAGCUUAUGCUGGUGGGAAGGAAACGGAGAAAAAUCGUGCGUGGGCGAAGCAUCACGAAGCUUGAAGAUGACGGAGAGCCACACGUACGUCAACACGGGCCCAGCCGCCGCCAAGACAGAUGACACCGCUGAUAUAGGCUUCCUGACAGAUGCCAACAUAUAUUACAAUCUUCCGCCGCCCCUCCCCUCAGCACACUGCCGGGGGGCGUCACUCCCUCGCGGGCACUUUGCAGCACACCAUCAGCUGGCGCGUGGCUCGUCUUCCUGCCCUGCGUCCCCCAAGCUGCUCACUGCUUUUCCUCCUCCUCGACCUGAUGUAAACCGCCACGAGAAGGGAGCGAGGGAGGCGCCCACACCCCCGGCCAGACCGUCUCCUGUCGUGACGCCCAGGCAUUGUGAUAAUGCUCAGGAGGGUGAUGGAAAGGUUUCACGAUCACCGCCUCUCAAAGCCCGAGGAGCAGCCAAGCCAAGGGGAAAGAAGCUGCCACACACGCGUUCCUUCGACCUCGACCACAUAUACCAGAACCUGGUGAGGGUUGCCUCCAAGCCUCGCAGCAACUCCUUCAGCAUCGAUCUCCCGUGGAGGCGGAGGAAAAAGGUGGUGGAUGUCACGCCGCCGGGCAUCAGAGAGGACUCCGGUGAGGAUAGCCACAUCGGACUGACGCAAAACGAGGCAAUUCCCCCAAAGCCAGAGCCGCCAAAGGAACCUGUCUCUGUGGCACCAAUGACCGGGGACUACCUGGGUAUUUGUAAUAGCAGCAGCAGCAGUAGCAGUAGCAAUGGGAGCGAGAAUGAUGGUGUUGCCGGUGAUUGUACAGCGGAGAUGCGGCCCGGCGUCACCUACCUCAGGAAGCACGGGCAUCGGGCGAAGGCUGAGAACAGCUCUCAAGAGGAAGCUGUCAACUUGCUCUACCACACCACUGCCACGCUGCCCAUGCCCGCUGGGAGGUCUACCCAGGGUGUCUCCGGCCCUGACGACGCCCCGCAGUCUGGCGUGGACCAGCGGCCCGUGCUGGACGUGAAUGCAAACCUUGAUGAGUGGCUGCGGAAGGAGCGAUGGCUGGAGAAGAAGCGAUGCUCACGGAACUUCAGGUCAACAAACGAGAGCGGGGAGGUUGACAUCAGCAUCCUGCACGCAUCGGACGGCGACAAGUGGAAGAAGUAUUUGUACGAUGUGUUCACCCAGCUGGUGCCUGAGGAGGACCGAGCACGCAGCAUCAGGGUCGAGGCCAGCAAUGUUGAGGAAAUCGAGGAGGACCUGGGGAGGCUGCAGGCUGCCAAGCUCACGGGGGCAAAACUACAGAUCGUUAUUAUGUCGCCGUGUUUCCUGACGCACAUAGCUGGCCAUGGGAACAGCGAGCUGGGCCAGGUGUUCAGGCCAGAGAAGGUGUUGGCCUUGUUGUUGGGAGUGGAUGACAGUCAGCUCAACAUGGCUCAUCUCUCAGCUCUUUAUUCCUACAAUGACUGGCACAAGCUCAAAGUCCGCAACAUGGAUCUCAGCUUCGUUUAUGAGGUUUUGACUGAGGGCAUCAAAAUCCUCAACAACUGUGAGCUCUACUCCAAGUACCAGGACGAGAGGAACGCCAGGUUCAAGAUCACUCCACGGAAGGUCACUGAAAUGCAGCAGCUGGUGCACCUCAUGCUGAAUGACCCUGUGGGCUGCAAAAGAGACAUUGAAGUGUUGAUUGAAAACCCAAACAAACCCGUUGUCAUUGUGGAGAGAUUCAAGAUGAGAAACCCUUACACAAUAGAGUUCAGAAUGCCAGAUAAUUUCAUGGCCGGGUCGUCUCUCCUGCUGGUGACUGUGUUGGUGCAGAGGAAGGCUAUUGGCUCCAGACAGCUGAAGUGUGAGAGCACCUUAGACUCCAUGAGAGCUCUCUUGAACACCAUCUCAAACCCAACACUUUUCAUGUGUCAGGCGCUGAACAUCAACCCAACAAGCAAAGAACUCGACCAGAAGCUGACUGAGAUGGUGAGGACUCGUGUUCCCCUCAGCAACCUUGUGGAGCAGAAGACUGACAAGUGCUGUUCAGAGUUUCCUACCUGGGUACACUUUAGUGCCUUUUAUGGCCUUGAACGGUUGACUUGGGCAUUGCUGGAAAUUCCUGGUGGUGAGGCAGCUCUCAACAGGCCCAACUCUCAUGGCCACACCCCCUCUGUGCUGGCCUACCAGAAGGGCUUCCUCCACCUGGCCCAUGCCCUGGAGGAUGCUGCCCUAAUGUCUUCUUUGGCUGCAAAGCUGAACUAUGAACCUGUCAAUUACAAGAACUUAAGUAAGAUUCAGAGCAGCACAAAGAUUGCAGCAGAGACAUACUCUUGUCUGCCUCCUCCUCGUCCAGUAAACUCUAGUUCAUAUGAUUGCGUCCCAUCACCUCAAGAAGUACCUUUCGAGAGAUCAUAUGCAGAAAUCCAGAAGCACAUGCACAUUUCUACGCAGUCUCCACAACUCACCCCAUCUGUGGCUGAGACCAAUGCAAGUUUACCUGAGCUUCCUCUGCUUUCUCCACCUCCUCCACCACCUCCUCCCCCAUAUUCCUGCCAGAUGUCUGAGCUUCCUCCACUUCCUCCACCACCUUUCUCUUCAAAUUCCUGCGAGACACAGCCUCCAGCUACCUCAGCAGCAGCCCCAGAGCAGCCUCACAAAGAAAGGAAAGACUGGAGAUACCUAGAAAUGAAGGUGGCACAAGACUACAAGGACAGCACUACUUAUGAAUACAGUGAGGAUGUGUACACACUUGUGGCAGCUUGGCUAGAGAAGACAGACAUCAAGGCAUUUGUUGAAGAGCAUCAGGAAAAAAUUGGCGAAGUUAAAAGUAGAUUGGAUCUCAAUAAUACAAAAGAAGAAAACCUUUAUGUUGAGACAGAGUCAGUAGUUACACCUGGGGAGGCACAAGAGACACAGGCAGAUGAGGCAGGUGAGGUGUCCAGUCUAAAGAAGCAAGAGAACAUGGUGGAGCAGUUUUUCACCCUGAUAAGAGGAAAAAGUCCUCAGAAGUCUUCAAACCACAUUGAUUUAGAGGGAGGCCAUUCCUUGUGUGAUCUGCCUAAUGAAUAUGUUGAUGACCCCACCGAGAAGGCCACAAAGGAGACAUCACCAGAGCCUGAAUGUGAGGAGGAGUCGUCCACACCUUCCUUUGUUGAUGCUAAAAGGGUAUUUGAAGAUCACUUUACAUUUUCUGCUCCUGGCCCGUCAGGACUGACCUCAUCACCCAGGAGCAUGGAGGGGCGCCUGCCUGAACCCCCGCCACGCCCCAAGCCCUCCGAGACGUACCUGCAGCCGGAGGACAUCAACCCUCCAAAAGUUAUAGAGCAGGUGGAGAUGGAGAAGCGGCGGUCCAAGAAGUCCUCGCCACAGCUCACCAGGAACCAGUCUAGAGGCAAGUCUAAUUCACAGGAGGAUGUUACACCGGCCCCAGAUGAGAAGCCAGAGAUGCAUUAUGCGGUAAUUAUCUAGGCAGGUUGAAGGGCCCCACACCAGGUUGGUCAGGGGUUUCAGAGUGUGCUAGACCCCAUAAGGCUGGCAGUAGGCUACACAAGUAGUUCACUCAAAGUAGCUGAAAAGUUGUGUAUGUUGCUGUGUGUCUUAUUCUAUUGGGAGUCUGGAUAUGGGCUUCACAAAUACUGCUCUGCUACAUUUAUUUUUUGGGAUGUUUCAUCUUAAUAUGAAAGAAAUUAUCUCCAACAACAUUAAGUUUCAGUAGUUCUUGAGACCCAGAAGUAGGUGACAUAGUGCAUGUGCACACCUUAGAAUUUUGUCAAAUUCAGUAUAAUUCCACCUGUGGUCUUACCUGUGAAGCACAGAAAGUACUGUAGUAAUGGAGAUUAGUACUUCAAAGUCAGUUUUGUCAAUCAGAAUUGUUUUAUGAGCUGAGAAAUAUUGAAAAUUUAAGUGUAUUAAUUUAAUUAAAUACCAGUUUAUGUUAAGUAAAUGUAGAUAUAGAACAUUUUAUUCGGUGUUAUGAAAGAUUGACAUUGUAUAACCUCAUUUUCAUCUAAUUUUAUUGGUGAUUUUAGGUCAUUCAUAUAAGCAAUAUUAACACUUGCAUCAUUCAACCACACAGUUUCCUCUGACGUGGUAAAUGUGUUGGAGACACAGCCAGUGUAAAAAAAAUCUUACUUUUUUGAUCAGGUAUGAUGAUCAGGUAUAGUCAUAAGUAGCUGCAGCAUUAUAUAAUGUAGAAUGUGAAAGUUGGAGCAGAAACAAGAUACUGCUGAUGAUUACAGUGUUUAGGUUUGCUGCAAAUUUUGUGAAUUUUAUUAUGAUUUUUUUCUGCAACAGUUACUUCAGUCAGCUUUGUCUGAAUAGUAUUCUCGAGCAUUCAGAACCAGCAGUGAAACCUUAAAGCUGCUUAUCACCAACCCAAAGGGGUGACAUGUCACAAUUACAUUUUCUCGAGUAAGUUCAUAUAUAUAUAUAUAUAUAUAUAUAUAUAUAUAUAUAUAUAUAUAUAUAUAUAUAUAUAUAUAUAUAUAUAUAUAUAUAUUUCUGCCCAUAACACCAGUAGGUUCUCUUGAGGGGCCUGGUGGACGGCCCCAGCCUGUUAGAAAUGCGAGCGAAGUUUAUUUCAAGUGGCUGCCAUAAUAUAUGACUCACUACUUGGCUCAUGCUGCCCCCUGGUGCUCCUCUUGACCAAAGUCACUGACGUUAGCAUAGCUUGAUGAUCUGGACAGCAUGUGGGUAAUCUUCUGCCACUCGGCAAUGGUUGAAAAUUGUCAGCUGUUUGUAAUGUCUGUAAUGCAGGACUGUGAGUUUGUUGAAGACUUUAGUAACAUAUUGAGGACUGGGCUUGGGUUGUCUGUAGUCCCUUGUCACUUUCCUCAAUACUUAGUCCUUCCUAGUCAGGUAUGAAGCACCCUUAGCUACCCUCUCCCUCCCAGCUGUGAGGUAGCCCCUACCCUAUCACACUUACCUACACUUCUUUACACCUCGGUUUCAUAAUAAGCAUUUUCAGAAAAUAUUUUGUGAGAAACAAACACAAACUAUUUUAUUGAUGUUGAUUUAGUUUUUUAUCUUUAAUAUUGUUACAUUUUUGUUGGUUAGGCUCAGUCUCCCUAACAAUGUCAGGUAAAAGAACUGAUAACACAGAACCAAAGAUAAUAAUAUCUAGUGUUUAAUACUGAUUAGAAAUAAACGUAUGUACAUAUAUAUUUAAUGUUCCUAAAUAUGACAGUUUAAAAUGGA